ACAGAGAAAUGACAACAUGGCAGAGGACCUUGAGCUGGGUAACUUGAAAUCUGCACACCUUGCAAACGACCUUGUCCUCAACUACGCAUGGAAAGACAUAGAAGUCAAGGUCAAGGACCACGCCAGUGGAAGGCCCCUCUCUAUUUUGACCGACGCAAAUGGAAUCAUCCAUGGUGGAGAAAUGGUUGCCCUCAUGGGACCCAGUGGCUCUGGAAAAACCACUCUUCUAAAUUCCAUUGCACAUCGAAAAGCAGCAGCAGGCGCUGUCACAACCGGAUUGAGGCUGGCAAAUGGGCAGCCAAUUGGUGUCAAUGAGAUCCGUGAGCUCUCGAGCUACGUCGAGCAGGACGAUGCCUUGAUAGGGAGCUUGACCGUUCAUGAGACAAUGCAUUUCGCUGCAAGGCUUGCAUUACCAAGCUCUGUAUCAAAGAAAGAGCGAAUCCAACGUGUAGACGACCUGAUCUCCAGCUUUGGAAUGCAAUCUCAAGCUCAGACAAUCGUGGGAACACCCAUCAAGAAGGGGCUGAGUGGUGGUCAAAAGAAGAGGCUCGAGGUCGCCAGUCGGUUGGUUACGAACCCGAAAAUCCUCUUCCUUGAUGAGCCCACCAGCGGCUUGGACUCAACUCUCAGUUUCGAGGUGAUGAACUAUAUCAAGCAAGUUGGAAGGAAGAAUAAUCUCAUAGUCAUCGCUUCAAUCCAUCAACCAUCGACCAAGACGUUUGAGCUGUUCGAUAAAUUAUGUCUUCUGUCGAGAGGCAAGACUUGUUACUUCGGACCCGUCAACACAGCUGGCGAAUACUUCGAGCGAAUCGGCUACCGAAUGCCUCAGAAAGUCAACCCCGCCGAGUUCUAUCUGGAUUUGAUAAAUAUGGACAUCGCGAAAGAGGGUGACGAUGCCGAAAACCGUGUAAAACAUAUCGCGAGUUCAUGGGCUUCAUCUGUUGAAGCGACCAGGCUCAAGGAGGAGAUCGAUAUGGUCAUUAACAUGUCAGGCGAUCCUGAAAAGGGCAUUCCCAAUGUCUCCGAGGUCAGAGCAGCAAAGGCUGCACCAUGGAUGAUCCCCUGGGUACUGCUUCAUCGAUCAUGGAUUAAAGCAUAUCGUGACAUUGUCGCCUAUGGAACUCGCGUGAUCAUGUACCUUGGCUUGGCGAUCCUGAUGGGAACAGUAUUCCUACGUUUCAGCACGACUCAGUCCCAUAUCCAGCCAUUUGUGAAUUCAAUAUUCUUCAGCUCGGCCUUCAUGUCUUUUAUGGCAGUGGCAUAUGUGCCGGCUUUCUUGGAAGAUCGAGCCACUUUUGCCAAGGAGAGGGCUAAUGGGCUAGUUGGACCGCUGGCAUUCACAAUUUCCAACUUCCUCAUCGGUCUGCCAUUCCUGUUCCUGAUCACGCUGCUUUUCGCCGUGGUACAGUAUUGGCUGACCAAUAUGCGUCCAAACGCUGAUUCGUUCUGGAUGUUCGUUCUAUGGCUCUUCCUGGAUCUGGUCGCCGCUGAAUCCCUUGUCGUUCUGGUCUCAUCCCUAUUCCCGAUUUUCGUGGUAGCUCUUGCCGUCACUGCAUUCGCCAAUGGUUUAUGGAUGUGCGUCGACGGUUUCCUCGUUCCAAUGGGGACCUUGAAUCCUUUCUGGAAAUACGUCUUUCAUUACAUUGACUAUCAGGCCUACGUCUUUCAGGGCAUGAUGGUGAAUGAAUUCAAGCACCGCACCUAUGAGUGUGAUCUCAUCGGAGAUGGCAAAUAUCAAUGCAUGUAUCCAAGUGACUUGAAUUCCGUUGGAAAGAUCAGUGGUCUUGCGGUGUUGCAGCAAUUUGGAAUUAACCCCAAUAUUGAAGGAACCUGGGUGGGUAUCAUGAUCGGAAUCAUUGCCGUUUAUCGACUGCUGGGAUAUCUAGUACUUUUCAUCAAGAAGACCUGAGCGCAAAUUGUGUGUUGUUGAACGGGCAGGUCAUAUAUCGGAAACUCGCGUGUUCGAACAAUCCUUAUCUUUACUUUCCUACUUCUUUUCUGAUCUUUCCAAGUCGUUUUGUUCCAUUCUCAACGCAGGACUUUUUGAUCUGUCUACACUCCCUGAUUUUUAAUACAUUACAUAUUACAUAGAUGAAUAGAUAUUAAUCGACA